AAUCGAUCUAGAUGUUUGAUGUGUUAUUAUAUGACUGAAAAAGAAAUAAUAGAAAUAAGAUUAUCUAGAAUAGAAAAUAUUGUUUAUGGUUCGAAUAAAAUAACUUCAGAUGAGUUUAUUUCAUUAAAUAUACCUUGUUAUGUAGAUUUAAUUGAGACAAAAGUUAAUAAUUUAGUAAAAGAAUCGGAAGUUUUAAAAAAAAUGAUGAAUUUUCUUAAUAGUUACUCUUUUCUUUUAGAAGAAAAGGUUUUUUCUUUAUUUAAAUCAUCUAAUACUAUUCAAAGUGAAAAAAUUCGAUUAAUUUUUUUAAAUUUACAUCUAUAUAAUAAUGUUUUGUCUCAAAUGCUUUCUAUAAAAGAAUUGUCUAUAUCAGAUUCAAAUAUAUGUUCUCAAGCUGCUUCUAAGAUUCCACAGUUUCAUAUAAUGUUAAUGGCUAUUAAAUCUUUUGAAAUUCAAUUGAAUCAUCUAUCAAAAAGAAUAGCAAAAAUCUUGGAGCUUUGGUAUGAAAUAGGUAUAAAUGCUGUUAAUGACUGUUUUCUGGAAUGGGAUGAAAGAAUUAAUGAUCUUAAUUUAAGACUAAAAAAGCAAAUGUCAUAAAUUUAUAAAUAAUAAAAAAUUGAUGUUAGAAUAAAAUAAUUAGAU